AAGUGAUUUGUCAGAAAUGGAGUCGGAACCUUUUCAAAGCAGCGGCUCAGAAUAUAUCGUAAAUGAAAAAGUGUCAGAAUCUGAUGACACCGAACCAGAAGAAGAAAGUGCAGGGUCGGUGCCACCAAAGGGAAAACGAGUUAAAGCUAAUAAAACGAAUAAAAUUAAGGAUUGUUUCAUAAUCGAGCAGGAUCCUAAGAGUAAGAAAACUACUGACAAACAAGGCAAAUGUACCCUAUGUGUCGUAAAAAAUACAGUUUUAAAUAUGAAAAACUGUGGAACAUCUUCACUAAGGAGGCAUUUGCAAGCUAAACACACUAGAGUCUACGAAAACAUUUUUGGUAGAUCCAGCCCACCUAAAUUCGAAGCAGAAGCCUCUGCCAGUUCGAAUAGGCGUAGGUAG